AACAAAGCCGUCCUCACGGUGGCCACGGUUUUUAUACUAAUCCCAUAAAGCCAGCAACAAGCAGUGCUCUCUCCUCAGAGGAAAUGAAGUGAGGCAAGUUUACCCUGCUGGUUUUUACUUACAGGGUUUCCGAGAGAAGCUUGUGCAUUAUUCACAUGGACGGAUCCUUGACAGAGACGGCCUGUAAUGAUAUGCACACAUAUAGUCUCUGAGACUUACAGACGUGACUGUCUUUGGCUCUAAACUGCUCUGAGAGAGAGAUCCAAUCACAGCAGACACAAUGGUGAAAGGGAAGAAGAAAUCGAAUGAUCCAUCAGGCAGAAAAAUCACACUCAAGAUGGCGAAGAACGCUCUGAAGGUGACUGUAGAUGGCAAACGCCGCCUCGACCUCAGCAACAUGGCGAUCGCCACAUUUCCAAAGUGCAUCCUGAAGCUCUGCGACGUAGACGAGCUGGACCUCAGCCGCAACCUUCUCAAGAAGAUCCCAGACACCAUCGACAAGUUUGUGAACCUCCGUUUGCUGGAUCUGCACAGCAACCACCUGGAGCAGGUCCCUGCGGCUAUAGGCCGUCUGCCUAACCUCUACAGCCUCAACUUAUGCAACAACCAUCUGACCACCUUCGGCCUGCCACAUGAGAUCGGGCUCUUGAGGAACCUACGGAUCCUCAACCUGGGAAUGAAUCGCAUCGAGACUCUACCUCCAUCUGUGGCUGCUCUCAAAGAGCUUCGCGAACUGGGGCUCUUCAACAACCUCCUGACGCAUUUGCCCAAGUGCGUCCAAAACCUCCCAAAACUGCAGAAGAUGAACGUCAAAUCCAACCCUAUCCCUACGGACGAGCCUCCAGAGGUGGACUGCAUCCAGAGAGUGGAGUGUCUGUACUUAGUGAGGGAGGACUGUCUGUGUACCGACUGCCUGAAGAGGUGUAAGGAGGAAAGGGAGAAGCUAGACAAUCGAAUAAGUGCAGCUUCUACACUAAAGAAGUCCAUCUUUGCGGGUCUCCUAACGCCAAACUCUGUAGCACAAGAGAACCAGGCUUUAUGGAGGUGAACAGGUAGACUAGUCCAAAUCCACAUAUCUCCCCAUAAUCAGUCUUUGUAAGAUGAUUUGUAAUUGUGCGUGUGUGUGCAAUGCAAUACAAUGAUGAUUGAGAGAUGUACAAAUCAAGGCCUUAACCAUGUCUUGAACAUUGGGGGGACCAGUUUUUUUAGAAAGCGUAAAGAAACAGAACAGUGAAGGAAAUUCUAGGUCUAAUUCUAGUUGGGAAUUCAUUUUGAACUAUUUGCAUUAAAAUUUGCACACAUGGAAAAUGUAAAUGUUUCUGGUUUCACCACACAUUUUUAAUUCAAAACGGCCAUAUUUCAUAAAAAGUCGAGUAGUUUGCAUCACUGGAUGUUACUGUUGGUUGUUAAACAUUUCUAUUGCAAAACAGUUGACAUUAAAUGUUUCGCUAUUUAAAUCUUACCUUACUUUCUUUUAACAUUAAAGUGACGCUUUGUGCUCUACUUCUGGGAACAGUAAACCCCGCCUACUUUGAUUUGAUUGGCCAUCUCAAUUAUUUUGACAUUGACAAGCGCUGUUACCGCUGAGGCAGACCAGACUAAAAAUGUAACUUUUAAACCUUUUUUGUCAUCCUAACAACAUACAGCGGGCUGUAUAAUGGAGUGCUGCAGUGCAAGAAUUUCAAAAACUGGGGGGAAAAUUCAUCCAUUUCUAAUUAUUGGGGUGGACUUGUCCCCCUCAAUGUCUAUGGUGGUUACGGCCCUCAAAAGCCUGUUGUAUCAUACAAGACUUAGUGAUAAACCUUCACAGAAGUUCAUGUUAAUGUAUUUAUGGAGUUGUAAGUGGUUUGUUUAUCCUGCAAUAGCUUCUAUGUACCACUAGGGAGUAGCAAAGAUCUAAACAGACUCAGUUCUCGCUGCUGCCCCCUAGAGGAUCUCUAAUGACAUUACAAUCACAUCUGGAAAGUGUGAGCACUAUACUUAACAUGUUAAAGGGGUCAAGGUGUGGCUCUGGAAAAAGCCUUACACUACACAAAUAAGUAUAAAUGUAAAAUACUUGAAGCAUCUAAGGAAAUACCAAAAGACAAUUAACUACUUUGGAAAGUCAUUUUAAAGGGAUGCACAGUCUUCUAAUAUGAGUUUGAUGACUGUAAAUGGAGAGAGAAUUGAGCAUAAUGAAACGUAUAACAACAAUAUCUUCCAAAUACUUUUGACAGAGCUUUAACAAAAGAUGUAUUACGUUCACCAUCAUCUAUUCUUGUUGUGAAGAACAAGCGCAGGUAAAUACAAUUAUGUCCAUAUUGAUUUUUUUUUUUUUUUUUUUCUCAUUUCUCUUGAGGAACAGUUUCCUAAUUAACACUCAGCUCAAUUCUAUUGAUUUCCCCACAUUGGCACUGUUUUGAAAAUCUGCUCGACAUGACAAGUGACAUUCCCUCCGUUUAAUCAGUGAAUAUAACAAAUACACAAGAUAACAUUCACACCAAAAUCUGUGAGAGAUAUUAGAUCUCUAGAUAUAUGAAAUGUUCAGACUUUUUGUUCUCUUUUGGUACAGUAGAGUUAAACUCUAAAAAUGCUGGGUCAAAAACAACCCAAGUUGGGCUGAAAAUGGACAAACCCAGCAAUUGGCUUGUUUUAACCCAGCAGUUGGGUUAAAUGUUUGCCUAACCUGCUGGGUAGUUUUAUUUAACUCAACUAUUGUUUAAAAAUUACUAUAUUUCUUGCUUAAAAUGAACCCAAAAUACAUUGGAAGUGAGCAUUUAUUAAUAAGUUUAAUGAAUAAUAAUUAAACAUUUAUUAAACUGCUUAUUAGUAUGUUCACCUUUUGAUUAUUAUUGUUGCCUCUAGUAAUUAUGCGUCUGAUUUUUAAUUUACAACCGAUUUUGGGUUCAUUUUAAGCCAGACAUACAGUAAUUUUUAAACAACAGUUGAGUUAAAUAAAACUACCCAACAUGUUGGGCAAACAUUUAACCCAACCACUGAGUCAAAACAAACCCAAUCGCUGGGUUUGUCCAUUUUCAACCCAACUUGGGUUGUUUUUAACCCAGCGUUUUUUUUAAAGUGCAUGCAUAAUGUAUUCUGAAACAACUAAGUUCCUACUAUCAAACCAAAUCUUGCUUAAAUGCUUAUUCUUAACUGGGUGAACACAAAUAACCAGAGCACAUGAGGUUUGAAGUAUUGUUAUUUGGUGCUCCACAUCUUGAAAUGAAUCUGGAGGUCUGUAAUCCGAUUACUCCCACCAGAAGUCAAAGUAAACAAAACUCAGCACUGCUAUUAGGCUAAAGUGGAUCAAAGAGAAGCCAAAAUGGUAUGGAAGAACUGAUAUUUUACAUAGAAAAUAGUCUCAGACUGGUGGUCCGAGUGCAAGAUCUGUAAAAUAACACCAGUAACGCAUUCUAUGUGUGAAAUUAUGUUGUUUUAUUCACAUGUAACUACAUCAUCCUUAUACCAGUUUAAGUCGUGAUAUUUCUCUCAAGUCUGCUGAAAAAAAUAAAUAAAACUAUGGUGGGCGAGUUCAA